AUGGAUAGCGUCAGAUCAGGGCUCUACGACGCUCCCUUCAUAACUCGCCCCGCCGCUGUGAAAUCAAAUAUGCUGGGUCUACUGCCCCUGCUGCAAAGGCACAGGUUGCAGAAUGGCCACCAAUUCGUUCCUUCCAAAAAAAAUUCAAUGGUUUCCGUUCCUUCGAAAAAUGAUGAUGAUACUGAAGGCAAGAUGGGAGCAUGGUGUCUAUAUGUUAAGGUCAGCAUGGAUGGUGCACCGUACUUGAGGAAAGUUGAUCUGAAAACCUACGGUAGCUAUCUGGAGUUAUCUCUAGCUAUGGAAAAGAUGUUCAGCUGCUUUACAAUCGGCCAUUGUGGCUCACAUGGAGAUUCGAGAGACGGAUUGAGCGAGAGUCGAUUGGAUCUUCCACAUGGUGCUGAAUAUGUCCUCACCUAUGAAGACAAAGAUGGCGAUUGGAUGCUAGUUGGUGAUGUUCCCAGGGAAAUGUUUACCGACUCAUGUAAGAGGAUGAGGAUCAACUUGGCACGAUGA